AUCAGAUCAGCUUAGCCUAGUGUUUUGUGCGUGUCAAUUGUUAUUAUUUAUACAAAAUUCCUCACUCGCUACAGUAAAACACUCGCAGCAUUUGCUCAGAUUUGUGGAAAUCAAAUAACGAAAACCGAAAAAUUAGACAACAAAUGAAAUUCAAAACAAACAAGGGCUUAAGCUUUUCUAUUUUAACAGCCUGUUCUAACUUUCUAACUUUUAUACAAAGAGUUUAUUAACGCAUAAUAAUAAUAAUGUUUGAUACGACUUUGGCGCUAUUUGUUAGCUGGCUGGCCCAAGCGCUCUGUCUGCUGCUCACUCAAGCCUGGCAGCAUCCCAUUAUAUCUACAGGACUGUGCCUGCUGCUGGGUCUCUAUACACAGGCAGAUGAGCAAGUGCGUCAGCAGUGCAUGGAUCAGUUGCGUGCGCGCUGGCAGCGCUUUAAUUUCUGCGCUUGGCUGCCCGGCAAAGUUGCGCCCAGCCAGGCCAAUUAUUAUGACUAUGGCAUGCAGCAGGGACCGCACACUUGGCUGCAUGUGGGCCCCAAUCAGAGCCCCGUCAACAUCGAUGAGCAGGCCACCGAACGCUUGGCCAUACGCGAGCUGCUCAACUGGAAUCACUAUGACGAGCUGCCGCUGAGCAUAACGCUGGAGAACACUGGCCAAACGCUGCUGCUGCGCGCUCAGUUUCGCGCCAAUGCGCCCACGCUUAGCGGCGCCGAUCUGCUGGCCAACUAUACGUUCAUGGAGCUAAGCUUCCACUGGGGCUGGUCGAACAGCGAGGGCUCCGAGCAUACGAUCAAUCAUCGCAAGUAUCCGCUGGAGAUGCAGGUGCUCCAUCGCACUGGCGCCGCCGUGCCGCGCAGCAGCACCAGCAGCUAUGAUCUGCUAAUGGUGGCCUAUGUGUUUGAGCUGUCGGCGCAUAAUCCGUUCUUGGAUCCGCUCAUGCAGAAUCUAAAACUGGUGCAGCAGCCCGGCAAGCGCGUGCAGAUUGCUCCGUUUCCACUUUCGUAUCUGGUGUAUCCGUUCCGCACGGGAUUUUACAGCUACGGCGGAUCGCUCACGCAGCCGCCUUGCUAUCAGGGCACUGAGUGGUUCAUCUUUCCCGAGUCGCUGGCCAUUAGCGACUUUCAGCUGCGUCACUUCAGGCAGCUGCUGAGCGGCGACGGCAUCACGCCCAUCACACGCAAUUCGCGUCCCGUUCAGUCACUGGGCAAUCGCAUUAUAAAUUUGAACUACUUCUGUCCGUAUGAUGCCACUCAGCUGGCGCGUAUGCGCCUAGAGCUAUUGCAGCAACAGGAGCUGGAGGAGCAGGAGGCGCAGGCAGUGCAGAUCGAACAGCAGCAGCAGCAACAGCAGCAACUCAAGCAGCAGCAGCAGCAACAACAGCAACAGCAGCAACCAGAGCAAUUGGAAUUGAAGUCCAUUAGCUCGGACGAUGAGGGGCAGCUAAUAGAGACACUGGACACCACCACCACCAUUACAACCAACUCUAACACCAGCGUUUGCACCACAGUGCUGAAGCGAGAAUCGCUGCAGCAGCAACAGCAGCAGCCGUUGCCGCCUUACUGUCCUAACUCGAUUAUCUUUUUCAGCAGCAACAAUUUUGGCAACACAAGCAACAGCAAUGGCAGCGAAGGCGGCGACACGAAUAUGAUGGAGAAAUGCAGUGGCCAUGGUCAUGGACACUAUCAGCUGGAGCAGACCGAGGCGGAUGUUAUGAUGACGCUGAGCAAUGGUGUCGGCAUCUGUGGCAUGGGCGAUGGCUUCAAUGUAGGCGUGGGUGUGGGCGUCGGCGUCGGUGUAGCCACCGGCAUACCGUUAAUGGAGUAACAAUUAUACAUGCAUAUUAGCCUUGUUGCGGAUAGACAAGGGGUCGAGAUAACUCAAUUAAGUUGAUUCAUCGAAUCCAGUUAACCCACACUUAGAGGGAGGGAAGUCAGCAGCAUAGCAAAUUGAGUGGACAAUUGAUAAACAGCCUCAACAUUUAUACAAACUGUUCUGUUUGAAAUAUAUGUAUAUACUACUAUAUAUGUAUAUAGAAAAAAAUAUAUAUAUAUUUAUACGCUCUGUA